AUGUAUCGUCGAUCGUCGGCGAAGGAGCGAGUUAAAUGUUCAUUGAACUCGAUCGCGAAUUACGUGCAGUUGAUGUGCCCAUACGUUUCCAUCGCUCGUCUAAUGGGAUUUAUUCCGUACAAUAUCGUAUCAUCGAAAUUUGUGUACUCUAAACCGUACUUUGUUUACUCUACAAUUAUAUUCAUCAGUUACAUGAUGUACUUAGCUUUUUGCACAUACCAAAUCAAUUUCCAUUACCGCGAAAUUUACACAUUCAUGUUACGAAGAUUGCACGUAACUUUUAACAUUAUUUUCGGCCUUGUUCUGUUCACCUCUGCUUACGCUUCGAAACGAUCGGUCUUAUACCUAAUCGAAAGAACAUCUCAGAUUUCUCGAAUGCUGCCUCCGAAUAUUUUUUCCAGCUUGGCUAAGAACAUGUACACGAAAGACGCGCUGAUGUUCUUCCUGUCCUUCAGUUUGACUCUGUACCAGUUCACGAAUUACACAAAACCACUGCUGUGUGCCGUUUGGAUUAUUUUCUUCGCGAUUCUCAUGAUAAACACGCUGUACACGAAUAACGUAUACGUGCUGGAAGCCUGUCUCAAAGAGAUAAACGACGCUCUCGUGAAGCUGAGGGAAAUUUUAAUUAACGACGAGCCUCACUUGCUCAGGAGAGUUUAUCACUCGCGAAAGAAUCCCAUAUUACUGGCCGAGCUGAGGACGCUUAAGAAGCAGCACCUGGAGAUCAGCGAAGUCGUUAGAAUGAUGGACUCAGCGUUUGGUGCACCUAUUCUGACGAUAUUGAUCUUGUUAAUGAUCGAUAUCUCGUUUAAUCUUUACAAGUACCUUGUAAUGAUAAAUCAAGGAGGCAGAGUCACAGAAUUGUUCUCCAUCAACUUGUUCUUCGUAUUUUAUCAUGUCUUAGAAGUAAUUUUAAUUAUUUGGUUAACCGAGAAAUCCAAGACUCAAUGCCGGUAG